GGGUGAGGAGCUGAAAAUCUGGUUUAAGCAAGAUUAUUAUAGUAUAUAAUAUAGUAAUCCAAGAAAGGAGAGUAAAGAUAGAAGAAACCAUUCAUCCAUCCACCGCCCAUACCCACGCAGUCUUUACCUUAACAGACCAGACCCCAUCAUCUUCCUCUCAUCUCUAUCCAUUCCUCCUUCCUCUAAAUCCAAACCCUAAUUCCAUCAAUUACCUAAAUCCUUAAACCCUAGCUAGGCAAAACCCAAAACUUACCUAUUUCAUUUCUAUGAUCUGUUGUGUUUCACUUGCUUGGACUAAAUCAAAGUUUGUUUAAUUAAAUUUGGGUGGAGAAAAUGGAUCCGGGGAACUCUCUGCCACCUCCUUUUCACACCAGAGAUUUCAAUCUCCAACAGCACCACCACCAACAACAGCAGUUUCUCCACCACCAACAGCCGCAGCAGCAAAACUCCGAAGACGAACAAAGCGGCUCGAGUGGUUUGAAGCGUGAGCGUGAUGACAAGAACAACGAUGACCUAAAUACCGGCGGAACUAGCGAAGGAAAAGAAGGCGAGAACUCGAGGCGGCCGAGAGGCCGCCCCGCCGGCUCAAAAAACAAGCCGAAGCCGCCCAUCAUCAUCACGCGCGACAGCGCCAACGCGCUGCGAACCCACGUGAUGGAAAUCGCUGACGGAUGUGACUUGAUGGAGAGUGUAGCGACAUUCGCGCGCAGACGCCAACGUGGCGUCUGCAUCUUGAGCGGGAACGGAACUGUCACGAACGUCACGCUUCGUCAGCCCACGUCCCCCGGCGCCGUGAUCACAUUACACGGCCGGUUCGAGAUACUCUCUCUCGCCGGUUCAUUCCUCCCGCCGCCAGCUCCGCCAGCAGCCACCGGGCUCACUAUAUACCUAGCCGGGGGUCAGGGUCAAGUAGUGGGCGGAAGCGUGGUGGGGGCGCUUCUGGCAUCGGGUCCGGUUGUGGUGAUGGCGGCUUCUUUUAGUAAUGCGGCGUACGAGAGGCUGCCGCUGGAGGAGGAGGAGGAGGUGGCGCUGCCUUUACAAGGCGGAGGAGGUGGUGGUGGUGGUGGGAGUAGUUCACUUGGAUCUCCGGGAGGGCAAAAUGUGCAACAUAGUCAGCAGCACUUGCUGCCUGAUCCCUCGCUGUUUCAUAACAUGCCGCCGAAUCUUCUCAACUCUAUACAGUUACCGCCUGAUCCAGCGUUUUGGGCUACCGGUAGGCCUCCGUAUUAAGCUCCGUAUUGCAUUGUUGAUGAUGAUUAAUUUAAACACUUUUUUAAUUCGAUAAAAUUUAUAAUAUUUGAAUGUUGUUUAACUAAUUGUUGAUUAGGGAGCUGAGUGUAUUAUUCAAGAAUUUGGAUUGGGGUUGUUUGCGCAUUCGAAUUUGCAUUUUUUACUUUAGAUUGUUUUUGUAGUCUUGAUGAUCAUAUGAAACGAAAUUGCUGCAUGUACUUGACAAUGUUGGACAUGAAGAACAAACUAUUUCAA